AUAUAUAUGUAUAUAAAUUGUUUUUUGUUUUUUUAGCUGGGGGUGCUGACAGCCCUCUGAGGUGGAUCAUUCAUUACCCAGUUUAGGCGCACAAGUUGGUUUCCUCCACGCAGUUCAGAGUGAGGGGGUGAGGUUCUCGCAGAUUAGUCUGGUUGUUUGCCGAGAGGAGAGAGAAGGGGGGUGAGAACGGGGGGUGAGAACGGGAGAGGUGGGGAUAGUGUAGGGUGCCGCAGUGGCCGAGGCUUGUUUUGUUCAUUUUUUCGCUUGUUUGCUUGAAGUUCGUUACAUUGAACAACUCUCCAGGGAGGUGUUGGGAGGUUUCGUUGCGAUCGAGUGAUCAGGGUUGACGUUGUCUGGGUUUUGUUAUUUGCGUGAGAGACAGAACGAAAGAGCAAGAGAGCGAGAAAGACGGAAUCCGAGGACUCUUGAGAGUGGACUCGGAUCGUGCGAGUCGUGGAGGAUCACGGAAGUUUCGGAGGAGGUGGUGGAGCCGGAUUGGUAUCGGUAAUGGCAGAUUGAGGACGGUGCACGAAGGGCUGGCGUGCUUUGCGGUUUUAGAGGUGGAGGGAUGGGCUGCUUCAGUUCGAAGCCCAGGGACUCGCACCGAGCCAGUCAGGAUGUCUUUAAUCCUGAGAAAGUGGAUUUAGAUAAUGAGAAACGAGGUGAACCAGAAGCUGUUCCAACGUUUAAGGAGUACACGUUGGAAACGUUGAAAGCAGCUACUAGGGGUUUUAGCGCAGAGCUCAUUGUCUCGGAGAGUGGGGAGAAAGCACCAAACUUUGUGUACAGAGGCAAGCUCGGCCAAAAUCGCAUAAUCGCUGUGAAGCGCUUUCCUAGGACUGCAUGGCCUGAUGCAAAGGGCUUCUCGGAUGAGGCUUGGAAGGUGGGUCAAGUAAGGCAUGAGAGACUUGUGAACUUGAUUGGAUAUUGUGUUGAGGGCAAUGAGAGGCUCUUAGUUGCGGAGUACAUGCCUCACGACACACUUGCGAAACAUCUCUUUCAUUGGGAUAAGCAGCCAAUGUCGUGGGGCAUGCGAGUGCGUGUUGCUCUUUACGUGGCGCAGGCGCUUGAUCACUGUUCGAAUAACAACCUUCGCCUUUAUCAUGAUCUGAACGCUUACCGGGUGAUGUUUGACCAGGAUGGAAAUCCUCGGCUAUCUUGUUUUGGUCUGAUGAAGAACAGCAGAGAUGGCAAGAGUUACAGCACCAACCUUGCAUAUACACCACCUGAGUAUUUACGCACAGGGAGGGUGACUCCAGAAAGUGUAAUCUACAGCUAUGGAACUGUAUUACUCGAUUUACUGAGUGGCAAGCAUAUUCCUCCGAGCCAUGCGCUGGAUUUGAUACGUGGGAAAAACAUGCUUUUGCUGAUGGACUCCUACUUGGACGGACAAUUUACGAACGAGGAUGGUGUCGAGCUUGUUCGUCUUGCGUCGCGAUGUUUGCAACUUGAACCACGCGAGCGACCGAAUGCAAAGAUGCUUGUGACCGCCCUUACCCCACUUCAGCGGAGAACAGAGUUAAUUCCCUCGUCCACACUGAUGGGAAUUGCCCGAGGACCAAACAUGCCACCAACAGAUGUUCCGGUGUCACCGCUGGGAGAAGCCUGCUCUCGCAAUGAUCUUACAGCAGUGCAUGAGAUUCUGGUCAAAACAGGAUAUAAGGAUGACGAAGGCACCGAUAAUGAGUUGUCUUUCCAAGUCUGGACAAAACAGAUGCAAGACAUGCUCAAUUCAAGGAAACGUGGAGACAUGGCGUUUCGAGAGAAGGAUUUUAGAACAGCUAUUGACUGCUACACGCAGUUUGUUGAUGUAGGAACAAUGAUUUCACCGACUGUAUUUGCACGUCGUAGUUUGGCUUAUCUGCUGAGUGACCAAGCAGAGGCAGCACUUCGUGAUGCAAUGCAGGCCCAGUAUGUUCACCCAGAAUGGCCGACAGCAUUUUACAUGCAAGCUGCCGCCCUCACAAGGCUGGGUAUGGACACGGACGCCAAGGAUAUGUUGAAAGAGGGUAAUGAUUUGUACACAAAAACACAGAGCUCGUUUUUAUUAGUUUAGUCCAGUCUGCGAUGUUGGCCUUUCCAUGCGGUGACAUUUGCGACCUCGCUUUCUUUACACCGAAGUGGUACUGCUCUCCUGCAAGACGUGUGUACUGUGCACGAUUUUGACUUGUGAAUUGGUUAGGCUUGAACAGCCUCUAUGUGCUUUUAACUAUUGAAAUGAUUAUUGUACACCUUGUAGUGAUAAGUAAUCCAUUGCAGUUGCAAUGUGAGGCUCCUCAAGCUACUCUGCUUCUUUGUUUGAAUAGACAUCUUGUACCGCAUUGGAGAUUUAUUUUUAAUGAACGAAGUAAUUUGAGCAA